AUGUCCGAUUCACAUCCCCGUGAUUCCGAUACGGAAGCCGGGGUUGAUUCUUCCUCUUUUGAUAUACAAAAUGAUGAAACAGAACCACAGAAUUUUAAAGAAGAAGAGAUUAACAUGAACUUGGAUGACGCUGGUCUUGAAGAAUCCUCACUAGAGGAACUGUUGGAACUGGAUAUGGAAGACCAUCAAGUGGACUCUAAUUUGAAACUUGAAGGGGGAAAAAGUAAAACGGAGUCAGCCGCACCGGAUUUAAAAAUGGAUGAAGAUUAUGUUGAACCAUCUCUGAAUGAUGAACCAGUUAAACACGACGAUACGGAGCCUGGCUUUAAGCACGAGGGCUCAGAGGUUAGGUUAAAAAUUGAAAGCUUCCACGACGUUAAGUCCGCAGAGGAAGCCAAGGAACCUUCAACUUUGCAACAGGACGACAAGGACAUAGUCGGACUGUUUGAAGAUAGCGACGAAAACGAAACUUUCGACUCGAAGUCGAAGCCCUCGCCAACUCUGACAAGCCAAGAUCAGUUGCAGGAAAAGCUGGAUCAGAAUAAGUUGAAGGACCUGCUGGACAAGACUGUGGAGACGUUUGAAGAGCAGAAGGUGAUAAACACGACACUGACCUUGGCCCCAAAGCCACAGGAUGCCGAGAGGUUGGCAAUCUGCAGGUUCCCGCCCACGCUCAAGGUGGUAAAUCACAGCGACGUGAGGAGCUUCCUGAGGUCGAACCCGCAGCUGCUAGAGCGCCCGCCGAACACAAACACACUCUCGAUGCUGUGUUUUAGACGGACAGCCCCGUUUACAAACAACCCCAACAGCCAGGCGCCGUCGCCAGAGCCAGCCAACCUGAGCACCGACGGUGACCUUCGCAAUCGCAAAAACGUGGACCCCUUUUAUCUCGGCGCCGAAACUGUCGCCGCAAAUACACCCAAUUCAACCCCGACUCAAGAGUCAACCACGGCAUCUCGAGCACACAACGCCCUCGACAAAGCCAACUUGCACAAACGCAUUAUUGAGAACCUGAUUGCCAGCGACAAAAAGAGAAAACGCGAGAGCAGUGCCUGGGAGAGCAACGGCAAGAUGGUACUCUGGGAGGACGGGAACGUGAGCAUGUUUGUGGGCAAGGUGCCGCUGGACUGCGAGUCCGUGAAGGAGAUGGCCUUCCUGCUCGAGGACGAAAGGGCCGACCUUAAGCCGGUGCACGCGCAGGUGCACACGAGGCUUCAGACGCGCUUCUCGAACCUGCACACGCGAUUCUCCACCCUCAAGAACGACCCAAUAAAGACGAAGGAGCACAAGCGCCAGAAGAUGGCGGUGACGUCGCUGUCCGACGCAGUUCAAUCCCAUCACGCACUGCAGCAAAACUUGAUACACGUUCGGGAGAGUGAACGCCAGAAAAAAUUUAAUUACAAUUCCAAGGGACUGACCAGAAACUUCCUUGAGUCGUCCGACAACGAAGACUGA